GCCCGCGUCAGCAGGUUCAGACAGUGAACGGGAGGGGACGAGGCCGCGAGCGCGUCCACGCCUCCCAGACACAGCGGGAGCACAGUGUCUUCCGCUGGCUGCCCUCACAUGCCCCACUUUUCCCUUUUAUCUAAAUUAUUGACGGUGCCCUUCUGUGCAGACAGGCUCUGCAGACCCGGAGCUCGUGCACCCGUUUCCAUUAUCUGCAGAGCAUGGACACACGCGUCGUGCUUAAAAUAGGGUGCAAACAGUAUCUUCAACUUUAAUGUCCAUCCUGACAUGAACCCUUUAUGAUUAGUCACUGGUGGCCUCAUUUCCUGCUGGUUUCAGUGGCAAUGCUCCAGCGUGGAGAACGGGCCGAAUGUGCUAAAGAGCCUCUGCAGCUGCAAACAGAAGCCUCACAGUCACAUGUGCAUUUAACCGACUGCUUUCAUGAACCUCUCAUCUCGUCCUCUCCGUCGUCUGGUGGCCCCUCGAUGUAUCAGCGCUGCCUCUCCACACUAGGUGGCGAUGUGUGCUCGCUCUCAGUCAGCUGGAACUCACUCACAACAGCAAAGAAGCCGAACAUGUCAUUCCUGCAUUUGUUGAAUGUAAUUUUAGAAAGGAUUGGGUUAAACUCAGUGAAAUCACAUCUUUUUUGAAAAAGUCCAGUAAACAACACGCUCACUGUCUAUGUUCAUUAUACGUGAAUUUCUCCAUUUAUAAUAAAUAAUAUGGCGAUGACAUAUUUCCAUGUUGGAGCACGACUGCAAACGGCCAUGACCAUGCAAACGACUGCGCGAGGCCUUUUGCCAAAAACAAAAAUGCCUGAGGAAAUAAAUAAAUAAAGGUGUUCUGAGAGCGCUUAGUGAAAGCAAAGGUGCAGUAAUGGUGUUUAACCGUGUGAUGAGAAGUUGGUGGAUGGCUCUGAUUGAUGGACUCUGGCUCUGAGUGGUAAUGCUGCUCUCGCUGCAGUCAUUAAAGCCUGGCGAUGCUCUGUCUGCGUCUCCUCGAGCUUAAGUCACCUCACCCUCGUCUGUAUUUAAUAGAAGAACCAGCACUUAGGCCGCAUUAAACAGUGGAAUGUUGCAUUAUUGUUAGGGCAGGUUCCCACACCAGCGCAUGCAUUUUGUAUGUGAUGGGAGUGAUCGUGUCCUGCGAGGCAAAAUUAAUCAUCAGAAAAAUUCCACAGAUGCUCUCAACUACUCCAAUGCUCCAAUGUUUAUUUUUUCUUUGAAUAUUCUAUGAUGAUGUUGUUUUGCUUCUUUCCGGACUUUUCGGUAGCUUUACAAAAUACAGUUAAGGUAAAAAAAAAAAAAACACCUUCCGGGCUCCAAUUUAUUGAAAUUCAAGUCAAUAAGGAAUUCAUUUUUCAUUCAAGAAAAAGACUUGUGUGUUGUUCUCACCAUAGCACACGUUCUGUACGAGCCUUUAGGGACGAGUCUAUCAGGAGCUUCUAACAUGAAGCCACUGAAAUGCUUCUCCGCUUCCUCGGUCUCAGACCGAUGUUUCACCUCUCGCCAAUUGAUUUGCCCUCCACCCACCUUUUACACAGACUCCAUUAGCGUGUGCACCGUCAUCAGUUGUGAAAUAUACUCCUAUUUGUCUUACAACAAUAUAUUAAGACUAUAAUAAUACAACUUACUCACACUAAUUUAGCAGUUCAGGUCUAGUUUGCUUUCACCCGUGUUGUUUUAGACAUUGACCUCUUCUCCUGUAUGUUCUAUCACACAUGUGCUCAUCCUCCACUUCACUACUCUUAACUACAGUGUCAUAAACAAAGUAGUUUUACAGUCACAUUGCUCUAAGUUAUUGUCUGUACGGCUGAACAGCCCAGUCGACUGGAGCAGCGCCGCACAGGGCAGGGCAGGUUACUUUACUCUAAGUGCUGCUGGUGUUCCAGCCAUCAGCGGAUGUGGAUCAAUGCUUGGUUUUACAGCUUUGCAUCCUUGAAAUGACUGAGCAAAUACAGACGGCUCAGAGUGUCAGUCGGGGACUAUUAGUAAAGAAAAUUCCUUCAGUAUCAGCCCCCACCUCACCGACCUCAAACACACAGAGCCCAGGACCGGGUGAGGCGAGAUGGGCUGAGUGCGGUCGGAGUCCACAACGAAACAUCCAGGACACGACAUGCGGCAGAGAGGAAUCAGAGGAGGAGCGUUGGCCGGCGGAGGUGGCUUUGGAGCCUUUUGCAAAAGUAAAAGUCUGGAGAUCCUUUGCAGGAGCCGAUAAUGGAGUCGGGACGCGGUUACUUAGAGUCAGUGCAGCAGCUUUCUGGUGGGAACGAGCCGGGGCUUUGCUCGGAGCGCACGCAUUUGCUGAUGCCUGUGCAAAAACCCCUGAUGAUGAUGAUGAUGAUGAUGAUGAGGUAGCCGGAGGGAGGAGAUGAGUGGCAGCAGGUGAUGGCCGUAGCCCUUAGCUACACGUCGGACGGGCGCCUUUUCCUGCAGGACUUCCGCACGUAUCCAAGGCCCCGCAGCGAUGGACAUCGAGGGCAUGGAAGUGUUUGCCAUCGUUGUUGUCAUUGGGCUGUUUAUAGUCGUGCUCAAGCAGUUUGGCAUCUGGGAGCCCAUGUCACUGGAAGACAGCAGCGACAGCGACCUGGAGCUCUCCAUGGUGCGCCACCAGCCCGAGGGGCUCGACCAGCUCCAAGCCCAGACCCAGUUCACCAGGAAGGAGCUCCAGUCACUUUACAGAGGCUUCAAAAAUGAAUGUCCCAGUGGACUCGUGGAUGAAGAAACGUUCAAAACCAUUUACUCACAGUUCUUCCCUCAAGGAGAUGCGACCACCUAUGCUCACUUCCUUUUCAAUGCGUUUGACAUGGACAGAAACGGCUCCAUUCGCUUCGAGGACUUUGUUUUAGGGUUAUCAGUGCUGCUUAGAGGCUCCGUUACAGAGAAGCUCCGAUGGGCCUUUAACCUGUACGAUAUCAACAAGGACGGCUAUAUUACAAAAGAGGAAAUGUUGGCAAUAAUGACGUCCAUUUAUGACAUGAUGGGCAGGUAUACUUUACCCAGUGUACGAGACGACUCCCCCUUUGAGCAUGUGGAGAAAUUCUUCCAGAAGAUGGAUCGUAACAGAGAUGGUGUGGUGACGUUAGAUGAAUUUAUAGAAACCUGCCAAAAGGAUGAGAAUAUAAUGGCUUCCAUGCAGCUCUUUGAAAACGUCAUCUAGUUCUUUAACGGAGCGUGGCUCAGUAAUGCUGCACGGUUGCAUCUGCGAGAGCUUGGGCCGAAAAUAACAUCCUGAACAAUUAUCCUGAUAAAGAAAGAUUUCAUCACAGCACAAGGAGAAAUGUUUCUUUGCAUGACAAAGUUUUUAUUUUGUUUUUGCACAAGAAGUAAAUGUGAAACUUUGUCAUCACAGUCAGAUGAGCAUGAGUCUAAAAGCAUGUGAUGCUAACCACUCCUAGCACAAACAAGUUCUUUUAUUGUUGACCCCUUUAAACCUGAGGCGUUAAUCAGUAGGUUUGCGAGGGUUUUUGUGUAAUGUUGGUGUCCAGUCAUUAUCGUGUUGAAGCCUAAAAAAAUAAAGUGUUGAACAACUCUAUAGAAUA